CCGGUCCCCGCCGCCGCCACCGCCGCCACCACCGCCGCCGCAUCCUCCGCGCUAGCCAGGAGCCGGCGUCCCCGCGCCCCUCGCGCCCGGCCCGGCCAUGGCUUCAGUGGCGCUGCUACCUCUGCUUCUGCUUCUACUGCAGUCUCCGCUGGCCAGCCCCGCGCCACCCAUCCGGGACCCCUUCGCCCCGCAGCUUGGGGACACGCAGAGCUGCCAGCAGCGGUGCCGCAACCGCUAUCCCGGUCCGCAGCCCCUGCAGGUGGAGUUUCAGAGCCAGUUGGAGGACACCACAGAGUCCCCACAGAAGAAGUAUGACAGGGCUGUCAUGAUCAGUGCCUGUGAGCGUGGCUGCCGCCUCUUCUCCAUCUGCCGCUUUGUAGCCAGGAGCUCCAAGCCCAAUGCCACCCAGGCUGAGUGUGAAGCAGCCUGCGUGGAGGCCUAUGUGAAGGAGAAUGAGCAGCAUGCUUGCAGCGAGGGCUGCUGGAGCCAAAACCCAGAACCUGAACCCGAGGAGCCCCAGCCUGAGCAGAAGAGAAAGGUCCUAGAAGCUCCAAGUGGGGCUGUCUCGCUCCUGGACUUGUUUUCUACCCUCUGCAAUGAUCUUGUCAACUCAGCCCAGGGCUUCGUCUCCUCCACCUGGACUUACUACCUGCAGACUGACAAUGGGAAGGUGGUGGUAUUCCAGACCCAGCCUGUAGUGGAGACCCUGGGGCGCGAGGGGGCCCGUUUGCAACGAGUCGAGGUGACCUGGCGGGGAUCCCACCCUGAGGCUUUGGAGGUGCACGUUGACCCUGUAGGCCCCUUGGACAAGGUGAGGAAGGCCAAGAUCCGAGUAAAGACCAGCAGCAAAGCCAAGGUGGAGUCGGAUGAAUUGCAGGACAACGAUUUCCUCAGUUGCAUGUCUCGGCGUUCUGGGCUUCCUCGCUGGAUCCUGGCCUGCUGCCUCUUCCUCUCGGUGCUGGUGAUGCUGUGGUUGAGCUGCUCUACGCUGGUGACCGCGCCAGGCCAGCACCUCAAGUUCCAGCCCCUGACCCUGGAGCAGCACAAGGGUUUCAUGGUAGAGCCUGACUGGCCCUUAUACCCUCCCCCAUCGCACUCCUUUGGGGACAGCCCCCCAUCCUACAAGUUGAAACUGGACUUGACCAAGCUGUAGGCCUCCAUCUACUCCCCAGAGUGGUUAAGUGUGCGGUUCCUUGGGUCUUGCUUUCCUGCUCCCUGGAGAGGAGGCCAGGGUGGGACCUUCCCAGGGCUCCUUCUCACCCCAAACCUUUUCUCCCCAGCCCUGCUCCUCACCCCUUGGUUCUGGGUUAGUCAUGCCCUACAGGGGUGGGCAGCGGAAUCUGACCGUGGUUUCUCCACAUCCCCUUCCCCCCAGAGGGUGAUACUUUCUGUCUUUGUGGUGUAGCUUCUUGAGUAUUUGAAUCCCAGUUCUUUGCUGCCUUAUUCCUCCCUCUUCUCUUUCCUCUCUGGGGGGCUGAGGCCACUGGGAAGCCACUGUAUCUAGGGGCUCCCCAUUUCUCCCCACCCUACCUCUGGAAAUCCAGUUCUGAGACAUGAACCUCACCACACGCUGGAGGGGCAGCUGGGGUUGGGGUUGGAGCAUGGGGGUCGGGGAGAAAUAAACCAUGUAUAUAAAGAUAAC